GUGUGCGAAGCGCUCAGAAAACUGCGCACGGAACGCAGCGAAAGUUCGACGGCAAAAUCUGUGGCAAGCGGCGCGUUUUCAAAUUUCGCAGAUACUCAGUGUUUUGAGUGCUACGCAACUUUUGAGAUUCUCGGCUGCAUAAUUAUUUUACACUGUAUGCUCAAUGGUUUUCGCCGCAAAAUGAAUUAAAGCAGAGCCACGUGUUGAAAGCGUUGUAAAAACAUUCGCAUAAAUAAUGCGAUCAAAAUCAGUGACAAAGAGCAACGCUUGACAAACAUACGAACGAGAUAAAAAACAAAAAACUCCAAGGAUACACAAGCGCGCGGGAGGACAUCCUCUCCGUCCGAGAUGCCCCCAGCUGGCCAGGGACUGAGCCUGCUCCUGAUCCUCUGCCUGCUGCAGGCUCAUCUCUUUCCGAGCGCAGCCUGGUUCUACGAUGCCGAGUCCGUGGGCGGAGUGGCCAGCAUUGGAGCCGGCUCCGAUGAGCACAGCUUCAAGACGCCGGAGACCAAGAACUCGCACAAGUCGCAGAGCACCGAGCUGGUCCAGCACUUUCCCAGCCUUCCGAUGCCCGAUCACCGACGUUUGGGUGCCCGGAAGCAGUUGGUCUUCGUCGCACUGCUGCCAUCGGUGGAGUCGGACAACAAGAACGACUGCAUCAUGCCCAAGGUGCUGCCCGUGCUCGAGCUGGCCAUCCGGCAUGUCCAGCGGAUGGGCUUCGUGGGCGGCAGCCACUUCGACAUCCAGCUAAUAUCGCGCGACACCUUCUGCUCCUCGAAGUACGGACCCAUUGGCUUCUUCGAGAUCUACACCCAGUGGACGGAGGUGAAUGCUGUCUUUGGCCUGCCCUGCGAGUACGUAUUGGCGCCCAUCUCGAGGUACGCAGAUGUCUGGCAAGUGCCCGUACUCACCACCGGCGGCAAUGCCAAGGAGUUCAACAAGAAAUCCGAGAGUUACUCCACUCUAACCCGGUUGAAAGGAGCUCAGGUUAACAAUCUGGGCAACGUGGUGCGGGCAAUACUCAACAGCUUCAAUUGGACACGAACUGCGCUGAUAUACCAGAACGAGAACGCCAAGGUCAAGGGCAACUCGGUGUGCUUCCUCUGCCUGGCCGCCAUCCACGACACCAUCGAGGAGCACUCCGUCUACCAGCUGGGAUUCGACACCUCCACCUGGACGAAGGCGGACAUUACGCGGAUGCUUAAGAAUGUGGCCAUGCAGUCGAGAAUUGUCAUAAUGUGCGCCGAUCCGCAGUCGAUACGUCAAAUUAUGCUGACAGCCGAGGAGUUGAAUAUGAUCGAUAGCGGCGAAUAUGUUUUCAUCAAUAUUGAAUUAUUUUCGCGGGUUCAGUAUCUGACGUCGCAGCCGUGGUACGAUAAGAACGAUACGGAUUUAAAUAAUGAGCGCGCCCAGAAGGCCUACACGGCCAUGCUGACCGUAACCCCCAAACAGCCGAAUGAUAACGAGUAUACCCGGGUCUCCAAUGAGAUCAAAGCCAUUGCCGCCGAGAAAUACAACUAUACCUUCAGCGACAACGAGCCGAUUUCGGCAUUCGUCACCUCCUUCUUCGACGGAGUCCUGCUCUACGCCAAUGCGCUCAACGAGAGCAUCCGGGAGGAUCCGACCAUGCUCACACGGCCCAUCAACGGCACCGACAUGGUGCGUCGCAUGUGGAACCGCAGCUUCACUGGCAUCACUGGCAAUGUGACCAUCGAUGCCAACGGCGACCGGCUAUCGGCCUACUCGCUGCUGGACAUGAAUCCCACCACCGGCAGAUUCGAGAUUGUGGCCCAUUUCCUGCACAAUCGCCUGGAGUUCGAGGCCAACAAGGAGAUCCACUGGGCGGGCGACCGGGAGGAGGCGCCGCCAGAUCGACCCAUUUGCGGAUACGAUGGCGCCCUAUGCCCCGAUAAUUCACUUCCUGGCUAUGCAAUCCUGUCAAUUGUCCUGGGCACCAUGGUGGUCGUAAUGGCCGUGUGCUUCUUCUUCGGCUAUCGUCACUACAUCGCCGAGGCGGAGAUUAACUCGAUGAGCUGGAAGGUGUCGCUGGAGGAUGUGAUGUUUCGAGAUGCAGCGGAGCGUGGCCUGCGAGGCUCCUUCCAUUCACUGGUGAAGCAAAGCUCCCAGCUGACACUGAUGUCCGAGGACAUGGUGUCCAUCAACGGAGAUCGCCAAAUCUUCAUACCAGUGGGCAUGUUCCGCAAGAGCAAAGUGGCCAUCAAGCCAGUGGAGGUGGACAACGUUCAGGGCCUGCUGACCCGGAGUUUGAUGUUGGAACUGAAGCGGAUGAAGGACUUGCAGCACGACCACUUGGUCAAGUUCUAUGGCGCCUGCUUGGAUCAGAGGCGCAGCUUCCUGCUAACCGAAUACUGUCCCAAGGGCUCGUUGCAGGAUAUCCUCGAGAACGAGCAGUUCCAGCUGGACUGGAUGUUCCGCCUGUCGCUGAUGCACGACAUCGUGCGUGGCAUGCAGUUUCUCCACAGCUCCGACAUUCGUUCGCACGGCAACCUGAAGUCCUCGAACUGCGUGGUCGACUCCCGAUUCGUGCUCAAGAUCACCGACUUUGGGUUGCAUACCCUGCGGCGGACGAGAUUCGACCUGGAAAGUGAUGGGGGCAACUGCAAUAGCCACGCCUACUGGAGCAAGCUCCUGUGGACUGCCCCCGAACUGCUGAGAGUGGAGCACAAUCGUCCGCCGGAGGGCACCCAGAAGGGCGAUGUCUACGCCUUUGGAAUCAUUGUGCACGAGAUAACCACGCGACAAGGACCCUUCUACCUGGGCAGGUGUGCGUACGAGAAAUCGCCGCAAGAAAUCAUUGAACUCGUGAAGGGAUACAAUCCUCAUAGAAUGCAGAAACCAUUCCGUCCUGAACUUGAACCCAACGGCGAUACCAAGGCGGACAUCAAUGGCAUAAUCCGUCGCUGCUGGGCAGAGGAUCCUGCCGAGCGUCCGGACUUUAAUACCCUCAAGUCGAUGAUACGCAGGUUUAAUAAAGACAACGAGACGGGAAACAUUGUGGACAAUCUGCUGAAACGCAUGGAACUGUAUGCCAACAAUCUGGAGGAACUGGUGGAGGAGCGCACCCAGGACUACCACGAGGAGAAGAAGAAGUGCGAGAAGCUGCUGUACCAAUUGCUGCCGCAAAGCGUGGCCGCCCAGCUCAUCAGCGGACAGCCAGUGGUGGCGGAGACCUUUGACCAGGUGACCAUAUACUUCAGUGACAUCGUGGGCUUCACUGCCAUCUCGGCGGAGAGCACGCCCAUGCAGGUGGUGCAGUUCCUGAACGACCUGUACACCUGUUUCGAUUCCAUUGUGGAGAACUUUGAUGUUUACAAAGUGGAGACCAUUGGAGAUGCGUACAUGGUUGUGUCCGGACUGCCCAUUCGAAAUGGCAAUCAGCACGCCCGAGAGAUCGCACGUUUGGCACUGGCCCUCUUGGAGGCGGUGCACAAUUUCCGUAUCCACCAUCGUCCGGAGGAUCGUUUGAAGCUAAGGAUAGGCCUGCACACCGGAGCCUGUGUGGCCGGAGUGGUGGGUCUGAAGAUGCCACGCUACUGUCUGUUUGGUGACACUGUCAACACUGCCUCCCGCAUGGAGUCCAAUGGUGAAGCGCUCAAGAUCCACAUAAGUGAGACCACCAAGGAGGCGCUCGACGAGUUCGGCACCUUUGUGACCACCCGACGCGGCUUUGUGCCCAUGAAGGGUAAAGGUGAGAUGCUGACCUACUGGCUGGAGGGCGAGGUGCCCCGCCCCAACUCCCUGAUCUCGCCCAGCAAGCUGAUGCUCACGCGGCGCUCCUCAUUGAAGCAACCGCAGCGCAGCCAGUCGCAUAAUCUGCACAAACAGUACUCCGAACUGGUGGUGGCCUCGCCACCGUCCCAGUUACCGCCACCAGCGAUCGCUCUGCCACCGCCACCGUCGCCGUCCAAGGACUCGCCCAAUCUCCGCGUGAAACGCAAGAUCAGCUCCAGUUCACCCAAGCUGAAUGGCGGCGGCUUUGACUACCACAAGACUGAGAACCACUAUCUGGAUACGGCGGCGGCUGCCCAGAGGAACUGCGACAUCUACAGCAGCCGCAGCCUGAGGGACAUGGAGGAAACCUCCGAUAGCUGGGAGCUGGCACACUUCCGGCUGCCGCUGAGCGGAGCACUCAAGAGCCACCAUCACCUCAAUAACAAUAGCCACGGCUAUGUGCACUCGAAUUCCAGCUCCAAUCUGAGCGGUAUCCUGCAGCCGCCGCCACUGGGUGUCCAACGCACCCGGCUGAAGCCCUCGCCCACGAUCUCAACGCUGCUGACAAGCGCCAGGAGUGAGGCCAAUGCCUCCCCGGGCCCCGAAACAGGCAGCAUGGGCAGUGGGCAGCUGAGGAUCAAGUUUGCUGAAGGGGACGAGACCCCACUGCUGCCCACACCGCCGCCGCUGGCUGCUCCUCCACCGAUUCCACAUUUGGUGACCGCCAGUCCGCAACGGAGCGGCAGUGGCCAGAACAUUCCGGCGGACAGCAGCCACUACGGCUUCCUGGUGAAGAGCUACAAGCAGCAGUGCCCACCGGUGGCGGGCAGUGCCGUCACCCAGCCACUGCUGGCCAAGAUCAACUCAUAGCUGUAUGGGGGGGAGUCGACUCCCUCUUCACUGUAAUCAUAUGCAUAUUAAAUGUACUUGUUUGUGAUAAUAAGUUAAACCCAAGUUGAACAAGUUAGUGGUUAGUCAAUAGUCGACCGAAUCAAAUUCGAAAUUCGUACGGGAAAUCUUCUAAAAUGUUUCCUAGAUUUUAAUCGCCCCAUCCCCUUACUCAUAAGUAGCGAAUUUUAUAUUUAACCAAACCUCAAAUUAAAAAAAAAAAGGAAACUAGAUGUAAAUAGAAACUUAC